GGCACCCUGUACGUUGUACGGAAUUAAAUUGCGCUCUGUCACAUUGCACGUCGGUGCAGAGCUUUGUAACAAACAAACAACGAAGACGUUUAACAAAUUAAACUUUAGCUUCUCGGUUAAAAGGGUCAAUUAACUAAGGGUUACGGGAGAGAUUAAAAGUCACCAUGAGGGCCGUCCCGUCGUGGAACGACAAAGCGUACGACAAGGAUAAAGCGGAGCAAUGCAUAAAUGACUUGGCGUUCAAACCAGAUGGGACACAGCUGAUCGUGGCAGCAGGCACCAAGGUCCUGGUUUAUGACACGUCGGAUGGGACGCUGAUACAGCCACUGAAAGGACACAAAGACACAGUAUAUUGCGUGGCAUAUGCAAAGGAUGGGAAACGCUUUGCCUCUGGCUCAGCAGACAAAAGCGUCAUCAUUUGGACGUCCAAGCUUGAAGGGAUCCUCAAAUACACGCACAAUGACGUCAUCCAGAGUGUGGCCUAUAACCCCGUGAGCCACCAGUUGGCCUCAUGUUCCUCUAGCGAUUUUGGGUUGUGGUCACCAGAGCAGAAGUCAGUGCAGAAGCACAAGGCUUCCAGUCGCAUAACAGUGCUGCAGGUAACGCCUGCUGCGGUAAAACACACGCGUGUUUUAACACGUGCUGCGGAAAAAAAUAUGCGUGCAGGUGGUUGGGCGGAUUAGAGGUCACAACAAUGAGCCCCUUGGUUCAUAUCCAGGUGUCAGCCACUUGUGAUUAAACCGGGUACUGAGGUGUCAAUAAUUUUAACGGCCAUCAAUUACUGCACGAAAUGCGCAUCGCAUUAAAUUGGAAUUUUGAAAAAUUCCUGCUCGUGAGAAUUCAAAUGUUGGUUUGUCACGCGGCGAACUUUCCUGUCAGUGGAAGAGCAGGUGGGAAAGUGGAGCAGAGGUCGCUUGAAGGAAUCUUCAGGA